CACACACACACAAUGAAAGUAUCACCAAUCGCUUCUUUUGCGCUGCUCGGAGCAUCUCAAGUGGAUGCCUUUUCCGUCCAGCAGGCCCUGUUUUCUGAGAACUUGCUCCAAAGAGCUGCCAAUGCCUUGAAUACCCCCUUGGACUCAAUCUCGUCCGAGGUUAAGGGUAUCUGGGGAGAUAUGUCGUUGAAGUUCCCAAACGUGUUGGAUUCUUUGCAGUUCUACUCUUCUCCAAAGCCACAUACACGUCGUGCGAAGUGGGACUUCUCCACUACAAGUGAGUCGCUGCCAAACUACACCUUGAGAGGUAAGCAUACCCCGGAGUCUCUUGGGAUUGAUACCGUUAAGCAGUACUCUGGUUACUUGGACAUCGAGGACGAGGACAAACACUUCUUCUACUACUUCUUCGAGUCCAGAAACGACCCGAAGAACGACCCUGUGGUCUUGUGGUUGAACGGUGGCCCGGGCUGCUCAUCCCUUACUGGGUUGUUCUUUGAGUUGGGCCCUGCCUCUAUUGAUGAGGAUAUCAAGCCGGUUCAUAACCCUUACUCUUGGAAUUCCAAUGCUUCUGUGAUCUUUUUGGACCAGCCAAUCAACGUUGGUUAUUCCUAUUCCUCUUCUUCUGUGUCGAAUACCAUUGCCGCUGGUAAAGACGUGUACGCUUUCUUGGAGUUGUUCUUCAAGAAGUUCACAGAGUACAACGGAUUGGACUUCCACAUUGCUGGUGAGUCAUAUGCUGGUCACUACAUCCCAGUCUUUGCCUCUGAAAUCUUGAGUCACAAGGAGAGAGGAUUUAACCUCACCUCAGUCUUGAUUGGAAAUGGGUUGACCGACCCACUGACCCAAUACAAGUACUACGAGCCAAUGGCGUGCGGUGAAGGUGGCGAACCAGCAGUGUUGCCAGAGGAGGAGUGCGAAGCAAUGGAGGCAAACUUGGACCGUUGUUUGAGUUUGAUUGAUUCCUGUUAUCAAUCCGAAUCUGCUUGGUCCUGUGUCCCUGCUACGGUUUACUGUAACAAUGGACAGAUUGGUCCAUACCAGAAGACUGGUCGUAACGUUUACGAUAUCAGAAAGAACUGUGAAGGCAGCUCCUUGUGUUACGAGGGACUUGAGUACAUCGACAAGUACUUGAACAAAGAGGAAGUCAAAGAGGCAUUGGGAGCAGAGACAGAUAACUAUGAGAGUUGUAACUUUGACGUGAACCGUAACUUUGUCUUUGCAGGUGAUUGGAUGAAGCCAUAUCACAAGGAUGUUAUUGAUUUGUUGGAGGCUGAUUUGCCAGUGUUGAUCUACGCUGGUGAUAAGGACUUCAUCUGUAACUGGUUGGGUAACCAAGGCUGGACCGAUGUCCUUCCAUGGUCAGGGACCCAACAAUUCAGCAAUGCAGAGACCAAGUCUUGGACUGUUGAUGGUCAAAAGGCUGGUACCGUGAAGAACUACAAGAACUUCACCUUCUUGAGAAUCUUUGGUGGUGGUCACAUGGUUCCUUAUGACCAACCAGAAAAUUCUCUUGACUUCUUCAACGCAUGGCUCGCUGGUAGACAUACAAUUGUUUAACCCCGUUAUUACAUAUUGCUCCAUAUCAUUCAUGAAAAUGUGCCAUUUUGUGCUCUUUAGAGACAGUAAGAAGGUUGUCAUUUCUUUAGAGGAGUAUGAACGUACUCCUUGUGUGUGUCCUGCUCUUCGGGAUUCAGUUUAAUGUUUCCUGUUAUAUCGACGUCACAGUAUAUCUUUCACUAACAGUAGGGUGUGUAGUGUUCCUUUCGCACGGGGUGGCUAAUAGAAUGAUUGAUAUGAUGAUGACAAUUAGAUGAUUCUUUAUAACAAUAUAAUUCAGAAAUAUAAGAGAAGAGAUUCAGUUCCUAAGAACUAGGAAAGACG